CAAAACUUUGGGAAGUCUGACACAGACAAUGCACGUCAAACGGUCUCUUAAAUGUCACAUGGUGGCCCAGAGAGACGACGGGCGGUCCACCGGGCGGUUGAGGCCAAGACGGCCGGGUGGGUGACUUGCCGGCCUGACGCAGAGGACCACACCGACCUGACGCCUGACGAGUUCCGCGACAACAUGGCCAUCCGGUACGCCUACGAACCUCCCAAGAUGCCCACCCACUGCGACGGCUGCGGAGCUGCCCACGCCCUCAACUAUGGGGUGGGUGGGUGGGUGGGUUGGUUGGUGAUUCGGCGGCACCACGAGGUGGUGGACGUGCUGUGCGACCUGUCUGCCAAGGCUUGGGGCGAGUCGGCGGCCAGGAAGGAGGUGGUGGUGAUCGUGGAGACCGAGGAGGGCGAGAAGGGGUUGCGGACGGAAAUGGUGGUGAGGGGGGUGUGGGAGCGGCAAAAGGACGUGUCGCUUGACCUCUGCGUAACAAAGGCUGAUGCGUCUUCCUACCGCAAGAAAUCGACCGCCUCCAUUCUCAAGAGCAAGGCCAAGGCCAAGGAGGCCCACCACAGGCGUGUGUGCGAGGACAAGUCCAUCCACUUCACCCCCUUGUGCGUCACGGUGGAUGGUGUGUGGGGCAGAGAGGCCAAUGGUUUUUUCAGCCGCCUGGUUGAGAAGCUGCGCAGCAGGGCUGCGUGGGCAGACAAGUCGUAUGGCCAGAUGAUGGGGUGGGCCCGUGCUCGUUUGUUUGUUGCGUUGGCACGUAGUGCGACUUUGCGUGUGCGUGGCGGGCGGCGCCGCUGGAAGAUGCGCCAGGCGGGCGCUGAGGAUGGUGCUGGUAUGUUUGUCGCGUGACUGAGAGUUGGUCGAUUGACACAGUCCAUUUCAUGAGAGGCCGACAGACUCUGCCUGCCGUUGCG